AUGCCUACAUACUGCAUCUUGGGCACGAACCGGGGCCUCGGCCUCGAGUUUGUGCGACAGCUCGCCAAGUCUCCAGACAACACCAUCAUCGCCACCGUGCGGCCCAAUGCCGACCGCACCGACCUCGAUGCCGUCGCCUCCCCCGCCACGCACAUCGUCGAGUGCGACGUGUCCAACGUCCAGUCCGUCCACAUCUUCGCCAAUCAGGUUGCGCGCAACGUCCUCGCCGGCAGCACGGGUCCGUCCCAUACCAAAAUUGACUUUUUGAUCGUCAACGCUGGCAUCAACGGCACCCCGCCUGACCAGGACAGCCUGUCACUCAACCCCGUCCUGCUCACCGAGCAAAUGGCUGUCAAUGUUGUCGGCCCCGCCAAGGUCGUCGAGUUUUUGGUCGACCGCGAGGCUCUGGCGCCCGCCGUGCGCAUCCUCAACAUGACGUCGGGUCUCGGCAGCCUGGCACUGAGCGCCACCAUGGAGCCCCGCAAGAGCAUUGGCUACAGCCUGACCAAGGCCGCCCUCAACAUGCUGACGGUGCACCAGGGCUACGACGUGCGCGCGCGCGGCUUGUCGCAGGCCGUCGUUAUUGCCAUGGACCCCGGCUGGGUCAAGACGCGGCUGGGCGGAGAUGGAGCGCUGCUCGAGCCGUCGGAGUCCGUGUCGGGCAUGCUCAAGGUGUUGCACGGCCUGAAAGACGAGGACAAUGUUGCCUUCUUUGGCAAGGACGGCGAGCGGAAACCGUGGUAA